CACGGACUUCAAAAACACAUUUUAACCACGACACCAUUAAAUCAACUAAAAUUCUGUUUCUGCGACAAAUUCAGAGUAUUUCCCGCGCCAGCAAAGCUUUCAAAGCUAACGUUGCUUAGCAUCGUAUUAACAACGCUAGGGUUUCUAAUUGGUUUCACACUUGUUCAGACGUGCUUGAGAGAGUUGUGCCACCCAGAAUUAUUAUUCUACACACAUUUCAUAAUGUUAUUCCUUACAGGAUGGCGUCGUUUAGCUGGAAGAGGAAAGCAGGUGAGAAGGUGUCAAGGGUAGUUUUGCAGCAGUUUGAGACCGCAGAGAAGGCUGAUGAUGGUGCACAAAGUCGGGGUGAGGAAGAGGAGGUGGACUGGCUGCAGGCCAUUAAGAGACGGAGAGAGAUCCUGCUAGAGGACUGUGCAGUGAAGAGUAAGAGACUCAAGGAUGAAGGCUCCCAGCUGGCUGAACAAGGCAGGCACUGGGAGGCCAUAAAGAAAUGGGACGAGGCCAUUGAACUCACCCCCGACGACCCACUUCUGUAUGAGAUGAAGUCUCAGGUCCUGACCAUUCUGCAGGAAGUGUUUCCAGCAGUGAAGACAGCAGAGAUGGUUGUCAAGUUUCGCCCCCUCUGGUGGGAGGGCUGGCAGACGCUGGGCCGUGCCCAACUCAACCUGGGUGAGGUGGAUAUGGCUCUGAGGUCUUUCCAGGUUGCGAUCCACCUGUGCCCAUCAGAGCGCAGCCUGUGGCAAGAAGACCUGGCGUGGGCACAGAAGUUAUGGAAGCAACAUCUUGCAACCAAGGAGAAGUUGCGGGAGGAGGAGGAGACCAGGAGAUGCGUUCUCAAUGCCCCCGAGCUGGAGCAGGACUAUGACUUUGAAUCCGACGAGGUGCUCGCCGCCUGCGUGGCCGUCGCUGAGCGUCAGACACGAUACGAGGAGCUGAAGAGGACAACGGUGGUUCUGGACUCUGAGGGAAAUGUUCGAAGCGUAGUCAGUGGGGAAGGGUCCGGAGACACAGCCACACCACCCCAGGCAAGUUUUGUCAAAGCACGUGGACUUUAGGCUUUAGGUCCCAGCAGGAGUGAACCAUCUCUGUCUUUGAGCUUAGGACUGAACUGCGUUAUUUCUGAAAGUGCUGGAUGUGCACAAAACAAUUACACUGAAAUCUGCAUGAAAACCAUGAAAAAGAAAAAAAAGCAUUCAUCAAAUUUUAAAAGCAAACGCCAUUUUUUCAUUUUCCGUUUGAACGAGUGAGUGUUGCACGAGAUGUGUUAAAAGAAAUUUAAACAUCCAUCCAUCACAAAAAGACUGACACGUUGCAGAGGCGCAUCAAGACUCUGAUAUGCCAAGCUACAAACUCUGACAUCUGUUUCAUCUUAAUGUUGCUAUUUAUUAUAGAUUUACAGAGAAAAGUGUUUCUGAGUAGUUAACUAACGCAGUCUGGGCUUUUUUUCUGUUUCAAACAUGGUCUGUUUGAAAUGGAUUCUAUUUAGCUCAUUAACAUAUCCAUUAUAAAAUAUCUGGAAUAGCGCUUCUUCUUCUUUUUUCUUUUUUUUUGAACAUGCACAGUGAUUAUCCACAGUGGUUACUGAGUGCUAACCACCUGUGAGAAAUCACUCGGUAUCCAACUGUUUGGAGAAACAUUUUUCCCUUAAAGUUACAGUACUCCUUGAUGCUGCGUUGGCGAAUUGUUGGUGAUUAAAUAAAUGUUCAAAUGAGUGAUA